AUAUCUGUCCAAAAAUUAUCCAUGAGAGAGAGAAUAUUGUAUUCAAUGGGGUGGGAAAAAAAAGUCGACAUAGCAGCGAAGGUGUUACAUUACAUUACAUUACAUAUAUAACUAACGCGAAGAGAAGAGGUUGAAAGAAUGACGGAACCUUUCAUUCGAACCGUGGUUGAAUCUAUACACUCCUCUCCAUUUCAAGCCGUUCUCUAUCUUUCUGGCGGAGCUUCUCAGCUUCUAGGUUUGUUGCUAUCUGUUCCCGGUGCUUCCAACACUGUUCUUGAAGCUGUUGUUCCUUAUUCUAGAAUGUCUCUCAUUCAGUUACUUUCUAAGAUUCCAUCUCAAUUUUGUAGUCAACAAACUGCUGAAGAUAUGGCUUUAUUAGCUUAUAAUCGUGCUCUUAAACUCUCCUCUCCAGGAUCCCCGGUUGUUGGUGUGGGCUUCACCGGUUCUUUGGCUAGCAGUCGUCCAAAACAUGGCGAACAUAGAUUUUAUAUGUCAACAAGAACAGCUGACCGACUUUGGAUAUCAAGAGUGACCUUGACUAAGGGGCUUCGCACUCGAGAGGAAGAAGAUAGAGUUUCUAGUCAUCUUUUGCUCAAGGCUAUUGCAAAUGCAUGUAAGGUUCCUUCAAACGCUAUUCCAGAGUUGAGUGAAUCAGAUGUAUCUGAUGAAUGUGAAAAGCAAUUCAAUGAAGAUCAAGAGUUAGAACAACUUAUAAACGGUCAAAUAUGCUUCAAGAUUUAUCCAUUUAGAAGUGAGAUCCCAGCUGAAAGGAAGAUAAUACUGCCCGGUUCUUUCAAUCCUUUACAUGAUGGGCAUCUCAAGCUCAUGGAAGUUGCAACAAGCAUUUGUGGUGAUGGGUAUCCAUGUUUUGAAAUAUCAGCGGUCAAUGCAGACAAACCUCCAUUAACAUUGUUUCAGAUCAAAGAUCGGGUCAAUCAAUUUAAAAAAGUUGGACAGACAGUAAUUAUAUCCAAUCAGCCUUAUUUUUAUAAGAAGGCUGAACUUUUUCCGGGCAGUGCUUUUGUAAUUGGCGUUGACACAGCAGUGAGGCUUAUUAAUCCUAAAUACUAUGAUGGGGACUACAACAAGAUGCUGAAGAUACUUAUUGGCUGUAAAGAAACAGGAUGCACUUUCCUUGUGGGUGGUCGGAAUGUAGAUGGUGCAUUUAAGGUUCUUGAUGAUUUGAAUAUUCCAGAGGAACUAAAAGAUAUGUUCAUCUCCAUUCCAGCUGAACAAUUCCGAAUGGAUAUAUCCUCUACUGACAUAAGAAAAAAAAGUGGGAUUUAAAUAUUUUUAUGGUUGAAGGUCAAUUUAUAAUAAUCAAUGGGGAAAUCACUUCCUUCCAUGAAGCACAAAUUUACAUCACAAAAAGUGGCGAGCUAGAUCCUAUGCAGUUUGAAAAAAAACUCGAAGGAGGUACAGUUUUCUGAUCCAAAGUUUUAUGUUCAUUCAACUAUCUUUUAUUUUCUUAAAGAAGAGUCAUGUAUGUUGGACACAUAUUGAAUACUCAUGCACAGAUAUUAUAUAAAAGUGUGCCCAUUCUUGACCAUGAUGUAUCUUUUAAAGUAAAUCAAAUGUGCAUUCUUGUUAGGACUA